GCUGGGCAAAAAUACUGGUGUGCGUAGACUACUUGUGUGAACAUACUCACCAUAGAUUUCUGUACCUGUCUGCUGAUCUAGUGUUAUUUAUCGUCAAUUUGUAAAGUGUACAGCUGUUUUGUUUAUAGAAGAGGAGUCGUAUGGUGCAAAGAGGGCUAGACGCUUUACGUGCUCAAAGGGUUUGGUUUUCCUCACACCAUGGAGAAACAGUUGCAUUUGAAUUUGCUAGCCUGCAAACCCCCGAUGGCAGGUUUGCAGUCUGGAUCUAAAUUAAGAAUGGGACCAGGAAGAAAACGAGAUUUUUCUCCUCUGUCCUGGAGUCAGUACUUUGAAACCAUGGAGGAUGUGGAGGUGGAAAAUGACAACAGCAAAGACACAUUCAGAAUUUACAGCAGUGGCUCUCAUGGGCCCGUCCUGAUGCUCCUUCAUGGCGGGGGUCACUCUGCACUGUCCUGGGCAGUCUUCACUUCUGUUAUAUGUAGCCGGAUUAACUGCAGGGUUGUAGCUAUGGACCUCAGAGGACAUGGUGAUACUAAAGUAAAGAACCCUGACGACCUGUCUGCUGAAACAAUGGCCAAGGAUGUUGGAAAAGUGGUGGAGGUACUUUACGGUGAAAACCCACCUCCCAUCAUGAUUAUUGGUCACAGCAUGGGUGGAGCAAUAGCGGUUCAUACGGCUGCCUCCAAUCACGUGCCAUCACUGCUUGGCCUUUGUGUUAUUGAUGUAGUGGAAGGUACAGCAAUGGAUGCCUUAACCAGCAUGCAAAACUUUCUGAGGGGUCGACCAAAAACAUUUAAAUCUGUGGAGAAUGCAAUCGAAUGGAGUGUGAAAAGUGGUCAGAUCAGGAAUGUAGAGUCUGCACGCGUGUCAAUGGUUGGACAGGUGAAAAAAUGCGAGGAGCCACUGAGUAGUCCAGGGGUUUCCAAGAAUAUUAGUGAAGGCAUUAUUGAAGAAGAAGAAGAGGAGGAGGAGGAAGAAGGAGGCGAAUCCAACCACAAAAGGAAGAAAGAGGAUGACCAAGAGAUAAAGAAAGAAUGUCUGUACACUUGGCGUAUUGAGCUCUCAAAGACAGAGAAGUACUGGGAGGGCUGGUUCAAAGGGCUGUCCUCUCUCUUUCUCACCUGCUCUGUGCCAAAACUCCUCCUGCUGGCUGGUGUUGACAGGCUUGAUAAAGAUCUUACCAUUGGGCAAAUGCAAGGGAGGUUCCAGAUGCAGGUUCUGCCACAGUGUGGCCAUGCUGUUCAUGAAGAUGCCCCGGAAAAAGUAGCUGAUGCUCUAGCCACCUUCAUGGUCCGUAACAGGUUCACUGAAUUCAAAGAGGGUUUUCCAGACGACGUGUAGCCUUCACUCGUAGUCUUCAUCCAGCGAUGUGUCGUCCCUCUCUGCUCUCCACUGGAGAUUACAAUACAAGCAAAACCAUGAUGACGCCUCUGCUGUUGACUCAUUCUUAGCACUUCAUUCUUAAAUUAUAUUCAUUUUUGUUUGACUUCAUGUAUGUUUGCUGUAAUCAUUAUGAUUAUCUCGUCUAUUUUGGCAGGAAAUAAUAAUACAAUAUUACUUAUAAUUUCAAAUCGUUACGCAUAUUUACAUUUUUAUUUUCCCCUUAACUGAUUUCUUUUGCAUUUCCUCUGAUGCCUUGCUUGUUUGUUGUUGUAAUUAGGAUGAUUGCAUCAUGUUGUGUUCAAAGUGUUGGUCGUUGGAAAUAAAAAAAAAAGGUUUCCGCA